CCAACUGACACGCUGACCCGAAGAGUCACCAGCCAUCACAUCUUCGACAUUUCAGCAUGCUUCAAGCAGAGAAACUCGCUUUCAUCUUGCUGAUUGCAGCCAGAAUCGCCAGGUCUGCAGAAAACACAUCCCAAUGGCCCCCUGAGAAGCUGUACUGGGAUAAUCAAUGCAAACCCUGCCCAGCCAAGCUGUACGAGAAGGAUCACUGUGCCAAUGGUGGCGUGCUGGUGGGCGAACGCGCCUGCAAGGGAGUUUUCUGUGAAGGUCAGUGCACAGUAGCAGUGCGAUCCGGAGCACCUGCGCCGGACUUUUACUGGGAUGGGCAGUGCACGGCUUGCCCUGCGAAGUUCUACAAAGAUAGUCACUGCUCGGAGGGUGGUGAGAUCGUCGACGAGAAAGCUUGCGGCCCUUUGGGGGUCCACUGCGAAGCCAAGUGCCGGAAACCCCAAUCCUUGCCAGCGCCGACGCCGCAGCUCUACUGGGAUGGGCAGUGUACGGCAUGUCCUGCGAAACUCUACAGCCAUUGUUCUCAAGGGGGCACCCUGGUUGGAGAGAAAGGAUGUGGCCUAUUGAAGAUCAUGUGUGAAGGUCAGUGUGCGAAACCUGCAGCAGCCCCAGAGGCGGCAGAUUGGAUCAUCAUCGGCGGUGGCGCCUCAGGCUGCGCGGCGGCUGCCGCCUUAGCGGAUGCUGGGGAGGAUGUUUUGGUGCUGGAGCGCGGCCAAUCCGACCUGGAGCUGGCUGAAACCGAAUACGCCGACACUUGGCCCGCAGUUGUGAACUCCGCCGCACAGCUGAUUCGAUGGACGGAUCAGACCUGGGGCUGCGUAGCGAACGUCCUGGGGGGUGGAACCGCCAUCAACGGCGGGCUGUACAUUGAAGAAGAACCAGAUUACUUCCAAGACAACUUUGGGGAGGCAGUGAACCUCUCGGAGUUCUAUGAGAGUUCCGCUUGGGUGGCAAAACAACUGACCGUGCCGCUGAGGCCCUCCAGCUUUGGGCGACGAUAUGCGGAUGCCUUGCAUGAAGCGGGUGAAGGCGUUGCCGACCCCAAGCCGAGCGCGCGGAUGGUGAAAGAUGGCUCUUGGGUGGCCUAUGCCACAUUCAACACAUCCAAAAAGACUUGGAUUCGUCGUGGAGCUGCGGCCUUGCUACAUGAGCGUUCUGACAUGAAAAACCUGAGAUUCUUCACCAGCUUCCAGGUGAAGAAGAUCAAUUUCGAAGGCAAGCGCGCCAGUGGCGUCCUGGCUCGCAACAAUUUCAAUGACUUGGUGACCAUCAAAGCACGCAAGGGCGUGAUCUUGGCCUCUGGCGCCAUUUUCAGUCCUCAGCUAUUGCAAGUCUCCGGCAUUGGCGAGAGCAGGUUGCUGCGAAACUUGGGGGUCCAAACGGUGGUGGAGAACGAGAAUGUUGGACACAACUUCAUUGAUCGCAACAUCUUGAACUUUGGCGUUUGGGCAUCCAAGCAUCGACCGUUGUAUGUUGGCUAUGCCAUGUCUUCAAACACAACUUCACAGAUCACCAUUGAGAGUGAAGGUUGGGGCAAGGUGGCGAGCGGCUUCGCCAUCCCCUCCCUGGGCAUGGUUCCGCCGGAGCAGCGCACGGAAGCCCUGCGAGCGCUGAUGAAGCCGCUGCUCACGGGACCCAUCGCAGAUAUCAUGAACAAUAUGAUACAGGUGGUUGGGCUGAACCACAAGACCUACUCCCGCGGCUCAGUGGAGGCGGUUUCCGCUGACUCAGCAGACGCGCCAAAGGUCACAGCCAACUACUUCAAGGACAAGCGCGACAUGAAGCAACAGUUUGUGGCCAUGAAAACGUUGAUGGAGGUGAUCCAUUCGGAAGCCUUGCAAGGCUUGGUGAAUGCCAAGACCUUCAAAGGCACCGAUGCCACGCUUCCUGUCUACUUCAGCUGUUUGGGGCGGCCGCAGACAGAUGCCACGGCCAUCAUUACACCAUGCCUUCCUAAAGACGGUUCUUCAACAAAAGAUCUCGAAGAACACUUCCGCAAUGUCGUGGUGUCGUCCUACCACUACUUUGGUUCUGCUUCAUUUGGCAAGGUGGUUGACGGCGAGGAUUUGCUCGUGAAAGGAACCGAGAAUCUUCACGUGAUUGAUGCAUCCAUCUUCCCGAAUCCGACACGAGUCAAUCCGCAAGGGACCAUCAUGGCCAUGGGCCACUACUUGGGGAAGCGACUGGCAUCCAAGUCCAGGCCCAGCGGUCGAGCGGUCGACGGGAGUCUUUCCCCAGUUUGGUGACCAGUGGAUUUGUCGACCCCUUGGGUUGGGCCCCAGGCGCUUGAAGGAAGUUCUGGUUUGAGGCUGCGAAUCGCGGCCGCGAUUCAAAGAAUAGGAACUUGCACGCAGGUUACAGUUGAUUGGUCAAGUAGAAUUGCUUGCUGUUUCAAAUGCUGACAUUUGCUACAUCGCCAUGUAGCUGGUUGAUGCUGGUUGUACGGUUAUGCCAUGCAAAUGACAACGCACAAGACGCUGUAUCCGUUUUAUCUUCCGAAAUUUUGAGAAGACUUCAGAAGGUUUGCCAAGGCGCAACAAUUUCGCUGGAAGUCUGAAGAGCUGUGGUAUUGAGGAUACUACAAUGAAUUCGUUCUAAUAUUAGGACCCCAGAGGCCUCAGCAUAAGAGCAUAGGACACGGAUGCGUUGUGUACAGAUUACAUUUCUAUGCCUUCCCUUCUCACUGUACAGAAAGGCCUUGAUUGCGGAGUUGUAAAGUCACUAGUUGUGCGGGUGGCAGUCGAACUUCAAAGCUGCAUCUGUACAGCCAUUGGCAGCGGCCUUAGUAGAUAGGUCGAUGUUUGUUGUGACGUAAUAGCA